UGUUCUGUCAUUGUUACUCUCAGUGGGUCGACCUGAAAUUUAUCGAUUUUAUUUAAUUCUAUUAUAUGAUAACUGUUAUUUCUUGGUAAAUUGUAAAUUAACUUUACACGAUGGCAGAAUUACUGCUAGAUCCAAAUAUACGAGGAUGGGUGUUCCUUCCCAUAGUAAUAAUCACCUUUUUAGUUGGAAUUGUUCGACACUAUAUUUCUAUUAUUCUGUCAUCUCAAAAGAAGAUCGAGCUAUUGCAGGUUCAGGACAGUCAAGUCAUGAUCAGAGCGCGACUACUGCGUGAAAACGGCAAGUACCUCCCGCGGCAAUCGUUUGCGAUGCGCCGCCACUGGUUCAACAACGAGGAAACUGGCUACUUUAAGGUGCAGAAAAGGGCUCCCGCGUCACAGAACCCCAUGACCGACCCCAGCAUGAUGACAGACAUGCUGAAGGGCAAUGUGACCAAUGUGCUGCCCAUGAUCAUCAUCGGAGGCUGGAUCAACUGGAUGUUCAGUGGUUUCCUUACAACCAAGGUGCCUUUCCCGCUGACGCUGCGCUUCAAGCCGAUGUUACAGCGCGGCGUGGAGCUCAUGUACCUGGAUGCCUCCUGGGUGUCGUCGGCGUCAUGGUACUUCCUCAAUGUAUUUGGCCUGCGGACCAUCUACACACUUGUGCUUGGGGAGAAUAAUGCCGCGGACCAGUCGAAAAUAAUGCAAGAGCAGAUGUCAGGCGCAGCCAUGGCGAUGCCUCCGGAUCCAAAAGCCGCGUUCAAGGCCGAGUGGGAGGCGCUCGAGAUCACCGAGCACAAGUGGGCGCUCGCCAACGUCGAGGCUGAACUCCUGACAGAGUCCAAGUAGGCUGAUGCCUGAUUAGUACAAAAAAUAGUAUGAUGGCUAUUGGUACACCUUAUUUUUGUUACAGUAAGGUUUACAAUCAGCCAACUGUGGCUUUCAUGGUCAUACAAAAGAACUAAGACUCUAAAGUAGUGCAUAAUAUUGAUAGCAGAUGGCGCUGUAUGGUUUGUUUACAGAGGGCCUACCGCGAAACAAAAUCGAAAUUUCGUUAUCUGCCUCUUUAUCUCUCGAAUAUGCAAGAAUGAUAGAGAGGCAGGUAACGGAAUUUAGAUUUUUCGUGUUGCGCGGUGGUUCCUCAAAUUGCUAGUGGCGCCCCCUACGCAGAGUUUUGCGUAAUGUUCCCUAUUUGCACUACUUUGAUCGCAUUUCAUUUGUCUAUGCCACCACUCCCCAAAAUAUAUGGCAAAUUAUAGGCAACGAGGGUCCGCUCAACUAAUCUACAUUUUCUCUCUUUGAGGUCUUUCUCUCGUAACUGAUGUAGUGAUUAUUCACACAAAUGUUUUGUGUACCUGUAAUUGAUUGUUAAGCAGACCCUCGUUGCCUAUAAUUUGCCAUAUAUUUUGGGGAGUGGUAAAUAAAUAUGUAGGUCUACAUAUUUUAAAAGUCACACGUGUGUUGAUCACUUUAAUAUCAAAGCAAAUCGUUACAAUUCUUGUAUUUAUACUUCGUAUGUUAUGUUAUAGAUAAUUAUAAGUAUUUUACUUUAUGGUUUGAGGAAGAAAAAGGAAUAAAUGAAUUGUCUAAAUAGGUAA